AUGUACACACACAGAGACACACGUACACACACAGAGACACACGUACACACACAGAGACACACGUACACACACAGAGACACACGUACACACACAGAGACACACGUACACACACAGACACACACGUACACACACACACACACACGUACAGAUAUACACAUGUACAUACACACAGACACAUGUACAAUUGUACAUGCAUACACAGACACAUACAAACAGUACACGUACGUACACACACCCAUAAAAAGUUGCAAUACUUUGUUGUUCACUCACAGAUCCGGGUACUGCACUCAAGGGGGAGGCAGAGAGCACAGCACACACUUUUUGCUUUGCUUUCACUGCACUCAGCUAUUGAGCAGUCUGAUGGCUCCCAGUGUCAAUGACAGAUCCGGCCUGAGCUCCAAGCCUGCUCAGCAAGACGGUCCUGGGGGACACACUUGCCCCCACCAUAAUUUCCACUCGCCAUUGGCGAGCAAGCGAGUGGAAAUUUAAAGCCCAGGAUUA